AUGUACAUUGUUAAUCCAGUGAAUUAUUUAGAAAAUUUUAAAAAUUCACUUCAUAAUCCUAUUGAACAAUUGAACAUUGAACAUUUAAUUCAAGCUAUCAAAUGUCGUUUAGAAGAUUUUGUACGUCAUAUUUAUCAAAUAAAACAUUCAAAUUGUCCGCGAAAUAUUUGGUUUUUAUUAACUGAUAUGAAUUUAUCAAAUUUACAAUUAAAAUGUAUACCAAAUGAAAAUGUUUUCGGUAAUUUACCAAAUCUACGAUGUUUAUGGUUAAAUAAUAAUCAAAUUAAACAAUUAAAUAAUUGUUUAAUAAAAUGUCAAAAUUUAUUAGAAUUACGAUUACGAUCAAAUCAAUUACAUAGUAUUAAUGGACAAUUAUAUAAUUUACAUUGUCUUGAAAUAUUAGAUUUAUCAGAAAAUCAUUUAGACAAUUUGAAAGAAAUCAACAAAGAAUUAUCAAGAAUGCAUUUUCUUCGUGAACUUAAUUUGCUUGGAAAUCCUGUUGCUUUACAGUCUGACUUUAAAUCUUCUCUACUAACUUCACAUUCAACAUUGACUGUUUUGAAUAAAAAUGAAAUACUAGGAAAUCAAUUUAAGUCGAUUAAAUCAAAAACUGGAUAUCAUCCAACAUUUAGUAAGGAUCAAUCAAGUAAAAGAAAAAGAACUAAACCUGUUCAAACAAAACCUGAUGAAAAUCAAGUCAAAUCUAAAAUGAAUCUUGAUCAAGAAAUUGAAGAAUUCGAAGCAAAGUUGAAUAAACGUUUUCAAGCUAAAACCACUACUGAAUUCAAAUGUCUUGAUUGGUCAACAAUACCAAGUAGUGAAAUGAAACGAUUAAAUUCAAAAAUUAUCAAUGUACCAAAAAAUAUUGUAAUACAAUCACAAUUAUAAAUCAUAUUGUAGUGAAGGAGAAUACAAGUGGGGCAACCGGAUUACUCAGUAAAAUCAGA